AUGCCAAAGCGCAAUGUGACCGCCAUAAAAAGAACAGCCAAAACUUCAAGUUAUUUCGUCCGAUCAAGGGGGAACAAUCGCAAAUGUGGAGAUGGCGAUUUAUCGAAGACUUGGGAACAAGUCAAGAAACGAGAUGAAAAAUCUGAUGAGAAGAAAAUAAUUACGAUUCAUGCUUUAGAGGAGGAGUCAUCGCCAAUUCGAGAUGGUGUAUGUUCAUCGUCAUGUCAGGAUGUGUCUGUAUUGGAGCGGGCACAGACGUCCGACUUGGACUUGGCAGCUCAGACACAGCUGCAAGAUGGAAGUGAUAGGACGGAUUACAAGAACCAGGAUGAUACAGAGGCUAGAGCUGCUCCGAUUGAUACUCAUGUAGAGACCGAAAMCCUGCCGCUCCAAUCAAUUAACGCAGGGAAGUUCGUCCAGCGAGGGGAUACUGAUGAUGAUAGCACCAACCCUGAGGCAGAAACACUUCCGCAACACCAAGAAGAACGAAAUUACCGGCCAGAAAAAAGACCGAGAUCAUCCUCCCCGCGCAAACAACCCCCAAGACUAUCCCCUUAUUUCCCCAAACCACUCCCCCUCAUCGAAACAUCCUGUCUCCCUUUCCCACCCAUCGCAGCACCCACCUUCGGUUUAAUCCAAGAACAACUUUCCCUCUCCCCCUUCCGUCUUCUCAUCGCCACGAUAUUCCUGAAUCGAACGCGUGGACCAGUAGCAAUUCCCGUCCUCUUCAAACUCUUCGAUCUCUAUCCAACAAUCGAAGACAUGGCAUCUGCAAACCACGAAGAUAUAGUAUCCAUAAUCCGUGGCUUGGGCUUUCAGAACCAACGAGCCACGAAAUUCAUCGCUUUGGCGCGGAAGUGGCUCSAGUCUCCGCCAGAAAGAGGGACGAGGUAUCGCAAAUUGAAUUAUCCGCUGAAACGGGAUGGAGCGGACGUUGCGCCGGACGAGGUUGUGCGUGAUGAAGCAGACCAGGGCGGCGAUGGGCAAUGUGAUACGAGAGUGGCAUGGGAAAUAGCACAUUUACCGGGCGUGGGUGCGUAUGCGAUUGAUUCGUGGCGGAUAUUUUGUCGCGAUCAUCUCCGCUACAACCAACUGCCAGUAUCAUCAACCGAAGCCGAUGAAGUCUGUUAUGAACCAGAGUGGAAACGAGUCCUGCCUCAAGACAAAGAGUUACGAGCCUACCUCUCUUGGAAAUGGCUCCAGGAAGGAUCGGUAUGGAACUGUGAGAAUGGCUCUAUAAAGAAAGCGGACACAGAAAUGAUGAAGAGAGCUGAAAAGGGUGGCGUUGCGUUUGAGGGUGGGGAUGGGCAUCUGGUCGUUAUGAAUAUCCAGGCUUCUUCAGCUGGUGUACAUGGAUUGCAGGAUGUACGAAAGGCUGGAUUUAGUUUGGACUGUACUUGA